AGUACUAUUCAUUUUGAUGUCUAUGUACACGGCAGAUUCACCAAUAAUUUUAUGCGGUUUACUUACAGUGUUAUCUUAUAAUUAUUUGUACAAAAUUAUACCAAAAGUGCAUGAUACGAGAGUGAAGUGAAAUAUUGUGAUAAUGAGGAUAGUAUCUCUAUAUUCAUAGACUCUUGGCUUUGAAUAAAUCAAGAUAGUUGUAAACGUGUAUAGUAUAUUUUUAAAGAUGCGUUUAUUAUGUCUUACUGUGCUGUUCCUUGCUUUAAAUCAAGAUACUGUUUUGGCGAGCGUUCGUAUAACGGAACUUCGAGUAGAAGGCCACGUAGCGGAAGGUGAGACAGCACUAUUAGGAUGCAAGUUCGACAUGGAGGACGACAGCCUGUAUUCCCUGAGAUGGUAUAAGGAUGGGAGGGAGUUUUACCGCUAUGCCCCGAAGUCAAUACGUCCCACCAAGGUCUUCUACGUUCCAGGAGUCAACGUUGACUUGAGCCAGUCUUCUACCAACUUCGUGACGCUGAAGCACUUCACGAGGGAGUCUGCAGGAGUGUACCGCUGUGAAGUAUACGGGGAAAGCCCAGGCUUCACUAUGGUCUACCGUGAGAAAUACGUCGCAGUUGACCUGUUGCCGAAAAAUGGGCCAAUGAUUAUCGGCUUACAAAAUGAAUACUGGCAUGGAAGUAAGAUGGAUGUCAAUUGUACUACGAGCCCCUCGAGGCCUGAAGCUCACCUAGCUUGGUACAUUAAUGACCAGCCAGCACCAAAGGAUUAUCUCCAAGGGCCUAUGAUAGUACUACCAACCAGUCAUCCUUACUCUUAUCAGGCGAAGCUAAAUCUACGUUUCACCGUCUAUGAAAGUCACUUUUCACAUGGAGUUCUUACUAUCAAGUGCCAAGCGACGAUACCGCCUUUAUAUAAUAAGGUAACAAGUCACUCCUUCUACAAUCCAUCUUACCAGCAUUUAAUGACGACAAAAUCUCCUUCAACAGAAAAUUCGCCAGAUCACGCCUCGAAAUCACAUAUAAGUGUACUUCAUUUAACCGUACAGAGCGUUUUAUGCUUAAUUUUUACUCAUAUUUUAGAAAUAUUUUAAAAUUAGGUUAUUAUUAUAUUUGAUAUUUUGCCAAUGAAUAAAAUAAAGUAGGACAAUUUCAAAAAUAACUGAAAUAUUUAUAAGUUGUAAGUACAUUCUUUAUACAAUCGUUAUUUUAAUGAUAUUAUAGCCAGUGUUUGAUGCAAUUUUAUAACUUGGAAAUCAAAAGCUGCAAGAAUCAAAGUAUAGAUGGAGUAUAUUAAAUAUAAUUUGGUACAGGUAUAGUUUUGAAAAUUAGUACGGUCCAUAAACCAAAGAUCACUAAAGUUAGUGACAAAAAAUAAAGUACUAAAUAAUUUGU